AAUAUAGAUGCAAUCAAAUCUCAACUUCUCAUUCAAUUCAAUUCAAUUCAAUGCAAUGCCAUCAGCAGGAUUUCCCAAUCAACAUUCCUUCUUCCUCUGUUGAAUAAAUCACAGACAGAGGAAGAAGGAAAAGGAAAACUUUGAUCACAAUCCCUUUUGCUUAUACGAAAUAACAAUCUCUGCGCUAAUUCUUCUCCUUUCCUUAAUUUUCGAUCAAUCGAUCGAUCGUGGAGUUAUCUGUUUGGCGGCGGCCACACCAGGAAAGCUUGAAAUGUCAGACAGAAAUCAGUCUUCAGCUUUGAAGAAGAUCUUCGUUCGCGCACUUCGUAAUGGUGCCGCAAAGGGUUUCUUCAAGCAGAAGCCUCGUACGCCUCAAGAUGUCGUUUGCCAGACUCGCGCGCUUCUUGUUUAUCUCGAAGCCGAUCUCGGCGAAGGCGGACCUAGGCAUGUAGUCAAGAUGACGGAAUUGAAUAAACUAAUGCGUGACAUAAAGGUGAUCCUUUAUGGAGAUAGUGAAUCCGAGCCUAAUCCAGAUGCAUGUGCACAAGUGACUCAGGAAUUCUUCAGAGAAAACACAUUGCGCCUACUUAUUGUUUGUCUACCAAAAUUGGAUUUAGAGGCUCGUAAAGAUGCCACUCAGGUAGUUGCCAAUUUGCAAAGGCAACCGGUUCAUUCUCGACUAAUUGCCUCUGAAUACUUGGAAGCUAACCUAGACCUCGUAGAUAUUCUAAUAUGCGGUUAUGAGGAUCCUGUUCUUGCUUUACACUAUGGUGGAAUGCUGAGGGAGUGCAUACGACAUCAGGUAGUUGCAAGGCACCUUUUGGCUUCAGAACAUAUGAAGAAAUUUUUCGAUUACAUACAACUUCCAUAUUUUGACGUUGCUUCAGAUGCCUUAGUAACAUUUAAGGAGCUUUUGACCAGGCAUAAGUCUACAGUUGCUGAAUUUCUGUGUAAAAAUUAUGAUAUGUUUUUUGCUGAUUUCAAUUUGAAACUAUUGGAGUCUUCGAAUUAUAUCAUCAGAAGGCAAGCUAUUAAGCUGUUGGGUGAAAUUAUGUUGGAAAGAUCAAAUUCUCCUGUUAUGGUACAAUAUGUCAGUUCAAAGGACAACUUGCGGAUACUAAUGAAUCUGAUGAGAGAGACUAGCAAAUCCAUCCCAAUAGAUGCGUUUCACGUGUUUAAGUUAUUUGCCACAAACGAAAAGAAAACUCCUGAAAUAGUGACGAUACUAAUUGCAAAUAGAAACAAGCUUUUGCGGUUCUUGGCAGGAUUCAAGACAGAAAAAGAGGAUGAACAGUUUGAGGCAGAUAAAACUAAAGUUAUAAAAGAAAUAGCGCAGCUGGAAGCUGUUGAUCAUCCUCAGAUGACGAUGGAAAUGGAUAAAUGUAGUGAGUUGUAACUAGAUUAUUAUUAUUGUGUUAUUAUUUGAUUGAAAUUGUUCAUAUAAUCAACCCCUUUGAAGAAGAGAGUCAGACAAUGGUAACAGAUUUUGUGGAUUAUCAUUGUCAUGAUUCUCUUCUCUUUUAUUUAUUUUUUAUUAUUUUGAAAAGAAUAAAGACCAAUUGAAGGAACUAUUUGUAAAAUAAUCAACAUAUAUGUGUAUAUGUUUGUGUGUGAUAUUCAUUUAUUUU